AUACCUCGACGUUAUCUAGUAGACAGCAGAUAAACUCGGGUAACCUAUACCUGGAAGUUGAAACAUACAUUGCUUACCAAGCGACUCUUCAUACGGGAAGGAAGAAAUAUUCCGAAACUAUACACUUCCUGUCACGUCCAACGAAGCCCCACCUUACUCAUAAUCUCGUAACACGUGACAUUUGCUCCCGCUGAUUUCAUGUUUACCUCAACCUUAAACGUUCCCACCAUGGCAUUGGCGGAGGUUAGUGCUACCGUAACGAAGGCAUCAGGGAAGACGCUGGCCAGGUUCCGUAACCGCUUUCACUCCAUUUCCGAGUUCCGUACGGACGAAAUGUACAAAACAAGGCCUUUCUCUGCACUUGGAGUGUUUUCCUCCUCACCCGAUGACCUCACCCGGCAAGAAUUAGACAGCUUUGUAGAUUCAACCAAGAAGGAGCCAACUAAAAUAACGAAGGCCCAGAUUAAGGAGUACGGCAAGAAAUACAGUGAUUACCAAAAGAAUGACAAGAAAGAGCCUGCACCAUGGUACAGGGAGCUGAUGGAGCACUCUCAGCCUGCCCACCUGGUGACAAUCGUGGCCGUGGUCUACCUCGCCUUCAGACUAUUCCCAGACUCCAGGAGACACGCCACGGAAGCCUCCACCCUCACCCGUCUCCUCUACAUCGCAGCUGUCAGCACUGUCUUUGGGAGCCAAGUCUGGAUGACCUUCGUGUCAGGUCUAGCUCUGUUCCUCAGCGUGCCCAGGCACGUGUUCGCACAAGUACAACAAGUGCUAUUCCCGCUAUAUUUUCUGAGCAACGCAGUGCUGAUGCUUGUGGCCGUGGUAACCUACACCAGGCACCACCCAACACACCUGUGGGACAACCACCAGAUGAUGCAGGGAGCCAUCUUGGUGACCUGUUUUCUAGUAAACUUGGGAAUUAGGCUGUACUUGGCUCCUGUCCUCACCAAACUCAUCACCGUCAAGAUGGCCAUCGAGCGAGAGGCGAAUAUUGGGCAAGAGGUGGGAAGCAGCAGCCCGGGUCUCCUGGCCAACUGCCCUCACUACAUGCGCCUGUACCGCGCCUUCCGCAGGACCCACAUGAUCAUUGCCGUUGGAAACAUGGCGUCAAUGGCCGCCACCUCGCUCCACCUGUACUAUUUGGCAACCAAACUGUGUUCCGUGGAGCUGUAAGGGAUUUCCUCAUCCAUCGAUGGGCAUCUUAGCGUGAGCGGGGUGCAUUAUGGCCUCCACGAAACUUCCCAACGCUCAUACGAGUAUCCUCCUGCAGUGCUAGGGCGGUUUUUGGUGGUUUAGAGCCUUGGCUGCACGGCCUGUAGGCAAUAGUAUUUUGUUGGCCACUCACGAUGCGGGUGGUGAGGAGAGUGUGUGAUAACAAUGGCUGGACCAUCGUCCUUACUUCGUCUCCUGCAAAACCAGAACACAUGCAGGAGUGUGCCAGCUAACCGUCGUUGGCACUUUUCUUCUAAUUUGGCAGUUCAGGCAGCUGGCCGCCUGACGUCAUUCCUCAAGUACACUGUAAACGUGCAUUUAGUUUAAUAAGUGCAUGAUAUACGCAAGCCUGAUAUAGUACUUGCGCUGUAACUAUUCAUACACUCUUGGUAAUCAAACCAGAAAGAAAACACUAAUCCUCACUAUGGUUGUUGCAUUUAGACUUCCGCACAUUUCCAAGUGGCAUUAGAAGGGUGGAGGCAAAUGUUUCCUCUUGUGAUUACACGUGUUGCUUUACAUUGCAUCACAUUCCACGAUAGAGCAGCGAUUCUCAAUUAAAGCAUUUAUUAUAUGAAGUGUGUGUGUGUGUGUGUGUGUGUGUGUGUGUGUGUGUGUGUGUGUGUGUGUGUGUGUGUGUGUGUGUGUGUGUGUGUGUGUGUGUGUGUGUGUGUGCGUGUAAAUCAGAAGUUUCCACUAAUAUCAAAACUGUUUAGUCAUCUCUUACCAAUAAAGUCAUAAGAAAGGAGAAACACUAAUCAGUCACUCGUUCAUUGAUGUUAGUUAACCUAGUAUCCAUUCCUCCUAGAAUAAAAGUAAAAAAAAAAAAUUGUAUUUCAUGACUGACCGAAAACAAAUAAACAUGUCUGUAUGGCGUUGGUGAUACGUGUGUAGAGUUCAUGAACUUCGAGGUAUGUGCGAGAUCUGCUUCAUUAUAAAGAAAGACGCAACAAACUCGCAAACUAAAAGUGAAAGUGUGUUCAAGAAAUAUAAAAGAAACAAUAUUUGUAUGGAUUUAUUUAUAAAGCUUCGACGCAGAGUUUUGGUCACGUCUCGGAUUUUCUUGUGUGUGUGUGUGUGUGUGUGUGUGUGUGUGUGUGUGUGUGUGUGUGUGUGUGUGUGUGUGUGUGUGUGUGUGUGUGUGUGUCAAAACCACAUAU